AUGUCGUAUCUGCAUGGUUCGCGAGGAACGAAUACACCGACGAACAGCGCCAACGAGCCCCAUAUCCUUCUCGUCGUCGCAGGUGGCACAAUCUGCAUGCAAGACUCGAAAGAUGGCCUCGUCACUUCCAAGCUCUUCUUGGACGAGUGCUUGCGACACAAUCCGACCUACGACGACGGCACGCCCGUCUUGUCGACCACCGUCACCAACGAACACGGAAAGUCUAUUGAAGCGCCCACAUUGCGAUUACCACGAGACCGAAAUGGCGAAAAUGUACGCUGUUCCGUCCUCGAAUUCGACCCUCUGCUGGACAGCUCCACGGCACACUCACCAACGUGGAACCAACUCGCACAAACCAUACGCGCGAACGAGGCUCAUUUCGACGCCUUUGUGAUUUGCCAUGGAACCGACACGCUGGGCUAUACCUCGGCGGCUUUAUCCUUUAUGCUCAUGGACAAUUUGCAAAAGACCGUAGUCUUGACCGGUGCCCAGCGAAGCAUGUUCUUCGCAGAUUCCGACGGAUCCGACAACCUCCUGGGCUCCAUCGUGCUCGCAUCUCAUCUCCGCAUCCCCGAAGUGUGCGUCUACUUUGGCCACAAACUUCUCCGAGGGACGAGAAUCACCAAAAUCAGCGCGAGCUCCUACUCGGGCUUCGAAAGCCCCAACGCCGGUCCCCUGGCCACCGUCUCGGAAACGGGCAUUGUCGUCCACUACGACAAUCUUCUCCACGAGCCACCCAGUGUCGGCAAAGCCGUCCCCGACAUGGACUCGUCCAAAGUCAUCGUCCUCAAAGUCUGGCCCGGCAUCACCUCGCACAUCGUCUCGACCAUUCUCUCCUCCCCCGAAAUCCAGGGAGUCGUCCUCGAAACCUUCGGAGCAGGCAACAUGCCCUUGAGCAUCAUCCCCGCCCUCGAACACGCCGUCAAACACCGCGGCAUCGUCAUCGUCAACGUAACACAAUGCCUCCACGGCAGCGUCAGCAACUCGUACGAGCCCGCUCGCAAACUCGUCGAAGCCGGGAUCCAACUCGGAUACGAUAUGACGACCGAAGCGGCCUAUACGAAAUUAGUGUAUUUGUUAUCCACCAAGGGCGCUACGCCGGAGAAGGUGGCGGAGAAAAUUUCUCAGAAUAUGAGAGGCGAGAUGACGCCGCCGGGUGAACAUGUUUUGGCCGGUGCGGGGCCGAUGAGUAUUGCGCAGUUGCCGAUAAGGUAUGAGAGGACGAUGCCUGGGCAUUUUAGGGUCGGGGAUUAUGGAAUGGGGCUGUAG